AGCCUGACGGGUGCCGGGAAGAGGCCGGGACCGCAGGGGAGACCCCGAGGCGCGGGAGAGGUGAGGAGGGGAGACCCCGAGGCGCGGGAGAGGAGGUGAGGAGGGGAGACCCCGAGGCGCGGGAGAGCGUCCGGGAGACAGAGGUGAAGCCAUGUGGCAGCUGCUGCUCCCGCUGGCCCUGGGGCUGGGCUCCAUGGGCUUGGGCAGGGCAGAGCUCACGGCAGCCCAGCACCGGGGCCUGCAGGUGGCCCUGGAGGAGUUCCACAAGCAUCCGCCCGUGCAGUGGGCCUUCCAGGUGACCAGCGUGGACAAUGCCUCGGACACGCUCUUCCCGGCCGGGCAGUUUGUGAGGCUGGAGUUCAAGCUCCAGCAGACGAGCUGUCGGAAGAAGGACUGGAGGAAAGCAGACUGCGAGGUCAAGCCCAAUGGGAGAAAGCGGAAAUGCCUGGCCUGCAUCAAGCUGGACUCAAAGGAUCAAGUCCUAGGCCGGAUGGUGCACUGUCCCAUACAGACACAGGUUCAACGGGAGCUGGACAACGCCCAGGACGCCCAGUGCAGCAGGGUGGAGCGCUUCGGCGAGGACCCCCACAGCUACUACCUUCCCGGACAGUUCGCCUUCAUCAAAGCCUUGUCCCCCUGAGCUAAGGCCUGAAGUCACCCAGCUUCCUGGAAGGAAGGGAGGUCGCCAGUGAAAGCCCGCCUCCCUCCUCUGAGCCGGGGAGGGGCCACCCCCUGACCCCUGAGCUAAUAAAGCUGCGCUCAGCUGA